UCUAAGCGUUGGGGUGAUUGUGAAAAGAAAGCAAUUUCUCAUAAUUUAAUUUCAUAAAUAACAAAUUGCUUGUCUUCGAUGAUAUUUUCUAGGAACACGCGACCAAGUAGCAAGAUUUCUCACGACCCAUAAGCAGAAUGGCGGCCGUGGCGCCAGAAGGCGUCCUCAGCCGCGUCAUCGCGGCGGCGGGCCAGGGAGCGGUGGGCGCGAUGGUGGGCGCAAUCUUGUCGGCGUUAAGUGAGCCAAUCGUAAACAGGGUGCUGGUGAAGAGAAUACCCCUGCAGCAGGCAAUGGAGGAAGUGACUUUCGAAGUCAUUGCAAAGUUCUUCCAGGUAUAGCAAAAAUGAUUCCUCCAGGAACCGUGUGAGUGUGUGUGCCGUGUAUUUCGUUUUCUUCAUAUUUGGAGUUGUGCCGUCUCACUUUCAUGCACAGGAGCCGUCUCACUCAAAAGCGGCUGUUUGGGUAGUUGGUCUGCAUGGAUGUUCCUAGUAAAAAUGAUUUUUAAAAAUCCGCAUGCGCAAUUGCAAGAAGAAUCGCCCUGAAGAAUCGCAUAAUGAACAUUUUUCCAGACCACCUUACCGACGAACUUCGUGAAGUUUCCGUUUUUCGAGGCGGUGAACGUAAUUAUGUCGAUGAUAGACGUGAGUCCGGCGUUUCGAGGGACCGUCACGGGAGCGGUUUUUACCACUGCAACCUUGCCAAUCACAAACUACCGCUACAGGAAGUCCAUGGGCCUGCCAACAGAGCUGUCAGGCCUGUAUCAAGCGUAUGUGCCAACGGUAUAGCAUAGUACUCUGGGCUAAUAUUUUGUUUUGCUUUUGUUUUUUACCUUAUUUGAUGCGGCCGGUGGAGCGUCAACAUCACCGCGACACUCACGACCUGGUACUUCUUGUCGCUGUCCGGGGUGUAAAAAACACGACCCUCAGUCGUACUCUGUGAUGCACAAGGACAACAUCAAAACGUGUGUACAUGGUAAGUUAACAAUAGCAGACCAACAAUAUCACUCAAAUUCUAUCAGGUUCUCCGCGACAUUAUGUACGGCAUCGUCCGAAAUAACGUCACCACCAUGCUGCUGUCCCGCAACCCGGAAUUUGCAAAAACCAACGGCGGGCGAUUUUUUAACAUGUUCGUCACGGUAUUCUCCGCUUGCGUGCUGUCUGCACCCGGAAACGAAUACAGAGGUAUGUUCCUUCAGGGAAAUUUUUUUCGUGUUGUGGGGGCAAGUUCUUCUUUAUCUACUUACUUACUUUACUAAAUGUGAACGCCAUUGGAUGAAAUGAGUAGUCGCGCAUAAUAUGUCUAUGUCUAUCACGCAAAAAAAAAACGACCACGCGAAAGAACCGAACUAUCAGGCUACUGCCUUCAGCCCAAGGGAAAGGAGAAGCCGUUCCGGGAAUUUUUCCAGCCUGUGAAUUUUGCCCGCAGUACGAUAAUCGGAUCCUGCAUCAUGUCAACAGCGCUGGCUUGCGGGGCAUUGGUGACGCCACAGGUAUAGAUACACCUACAUCGCACGAUCCUGCUUCGAGCUUUUUUCUAGGAAUGCUGAGCUGACGCGUUUGGGUUUCUUGUGGUGCAAGAAAGCUAAUAGAAAGCGCACUGUGUGGCUGAUGUUGCUCUUCUCAUGGACUAGCGGCAACACAGCGGCAGCUGGCGGCCGGGCUCAACCUAUUUACAAUAAAUUCUAGGUCACCGCCGUGGUCGACCGGUUGAAGGCCUAUUUGGACGCCAAUCCGCUGGCCUACUGCAUAAUAGCGCUCUACAUGGCCCACCGCGCGCUGGAAAAGUACGAGAAAAAACAGGACGGGAAAGCGACGAAAUAAGAGACGCGACCCUUGGUACAGUAGGGACUUUUCCUGAAAACGGCAAUGACUAUCACUCGCAUGGCAGAUGUACAACUAGUAAUUUUUGAAGGAAAUACAAAGGAUGUAUAUGAUUUAAUAGUUAGAACAAAUAGCCGUAGCGCAGCGUCAAUUUUGAAAAUUCAUUUUCCCAUGUCGCCACGACAAAGUAUUGACGGCGAGACAUGUGUGUAGGUGUAUUUGAUAGAUAGGCGAACUACGUGUCCUUUGAUAACAACAACGAAGAAAUAGAAACAAGCUCAAGUAAGUAAAUCAUUUUCCAUUGGAGCGCAUCUCCAUCUGUCGCCAUGGUGUGGCGGCGCAAGAACUUCCGCAUCGCUCCCAUGCAAAACAAACGAGAAAUGGAGCAACGAUUUUGAUUGUAAGGAAAAAUCAAAGUAGCUGCAAAACCGAGGCGCAGAAGAAACAACAGGGAUCUUCGUAAAAGCGAACGGAUUUAUUUUGCCUGUGGGGUGGAGGCGGUGGGUUUGCC